AUGCUGAGCGGCAUCGAGUACGCUGUCAUUUUGCCUACAAUAUGGACGUAUCUGCAGAUUUUGGAAGCCCCUCCUUACUUCCUAGGUCUGGGUCUGUCUGCUUUCAGUCUGAGCGGGCUGCUCACUGGCCCACUGUUUGGGCUUUGGUCAGACAGGAGCCAAACUACAAAGUCCAUCAUUCUUUUCUCCAAUCUUUUUGAGAUUGCUGGUGUUGGUGUAGGAGCUGGCUCUGCCAUUUUUAGCUUCCUGACUAGGAGCACCCGGCCACAGGAGCGUGCUGGGAUCUUUGCUGCCAUCAUGGCCUGUCGACAAGCUGGCCUUCUUGUCGGGCCAGCGUUCAACUUGUUCCUGAGGCUGUGUGAUUUCAAACUGGGGCCCUUUGUUGUGAACAAGUAUACGUCUCCUGGGAUCUUCACCUGCCUGCUGUGGGUGCUGCUCCAGGUUGCUGUCCUGGCUAUGUACCGGGAUGUACCACCCAUCAGCUCGGAGAGGGGAGCAGUGAUGGUGGAGAUGAAACAGGAUGAAGAUGAUGAUGAUGACAAUGACGAUGAGGUGCCACUGAAUGGGUCCAGUGAGGAGCUGGUGCACACCUACAGAGCCGCCAACCAGUCGGAGACCUCCACCUCAUCUGAGAUGAAGCCCGUCCAUUGUGCCUCAGUGAUCUCAGACCCCUUCAAAAACUUCAGUGCCAGUAGAGAGUUCCUGAGAGAGGAGGUGGUUGUUCUCCUCACGGCUCAGUUCAUCACUCUCUUCAAUCAGACAGCGCUGGAGACCAUGGUGACUCCUCUGACGCAGCGCUACUUCAGCUUUGGUGAGCUGGGCAACAGCGUGAUGUACGGCCUGUGUGGGAUAGAGGUCAUCCUGGGCUUCUUCUUUGUACGCUGGCUGAGCAAAAAGGUGGCGGACCGUGCCGUGCUGGCUGUGGGCCUGGUCAUCUGCUGCGCCGCCUGUGUCUGGUGCCUCAUCUUUCUCUGCAACCCCCAAGGUGGUUAUGGAUGGGAGCUGACGGCCUUCAUCAUUGGAGUGUUUCUGCAGCUGCUGGGGCUUCCCUUCGUGGCCGUGUCUCAGGUGUCUCUCUUCUCCAAAGUCACCGCUGAGAAAACACAAGGAUAUAGCCAAGGUGUGAGACGCUCAGUUGGGGACCUGGCCACCAUCUUGGGUCCAUUGUGGGCUGGGGGACUGACCAAUAAUCUGUACAUAAUGCUUGGCAUGAUGCUGGCUCUCCUCAUAAUGAUCACAGUUAUGACGGUGCUGUCCUAUGACCGCCUGAUGGAGCCCAGGGCAGUGCAGUGUGCCCAGAGCUCUGACAGUGGAGGAUAG